AUGCGUCUGCGGACGUCCAAAACUAAAAAGGCAAGAGUGAGGAACACUUAUAGAGGGUAUUUCCCCUGGUGGGAGGAAGCCAGCGGAGGAAACGCUUAUGAAAUGUGCGCCCACGCCGCCGCCGCAUUGCAACGGAAGCGGAGGCGCAACGCGCGCAAUGUUCGCACUCUGAUGGCUGUAGGCGUCAACGCUGAAAUAUGUCACAGCCGAGGACUCAGCUAUGAUGCGAGUUGGCAAAGCGCACGCAACGGAACGAGCGCACCGAGCGGCGUCAGCGCGUGCGCAGCCCCUGUGCCGCAGGGCCCGCAGCUCGGGCCCGCACAGCUCGCGGCGGUUCCGGCCCCAGCGGAAGUGACGUUCCGACCGAACAUGGCGGCGCGCGCAGGAAGUGCGCAGCUUACCUAUCGGGACAUCGCCGACGGCGGCCCGAGCAGCUGCGCCGCCGCUUCGCACACGAACCCGCAUGCGCCUAUACCGAUAUCCGCAAAAGUGCGCGCGAUCACUACCUUGCGAAUAAAUUAUCCGCGCUGUUAUCUAAAAAUAUUCGUGUGCGAAGCGAGACGGUCGAAACCGCAGCUCGAUCGGCACGAAGUUGCACGCGCGAAUCGCUUCCCCGCCGCGGGGAGACUGAUGAGGGCAGGCCGCGCCGGCGCCGGCGGAGGUUCCGACGCACGCGCACAUCACCGGCCGUCCCUUUCCAUAAGCUCGUUUGGUUCCGAGUGUGAGCGAGACCACGACUGCUCAUUAUCACAGCGGCGAGUGUUGAACCAAUAG